GGAAAACGUAUGAACAUCGAAAUUUAGCGGCUUCGAAAUUCGUUUGUUAAAAUUGUUCCAAAAUAGUUUAUCGUCGAUUGAUUUGCUAGCCAUGUGUGAUAAGGAAAACCAAAAUUUUGAAUUGAACAAUACGAAUAUGUAUGAGGUGACCCAAGAAGAUAUCAAAUCUCUUAUAAAUCUUUUUGCUGAAAAAUCCUACAAUGCUGGAACAGAGAACCCUGAAAUGAAUGCAAUUUUACAGAGUUGUAUUCAGUUUAUGGAAUUGGAUUAUAGUGUCGCAGUCGUUCAGAAUGAUCUUGGUGAGUUGAGUUACAACUAUCCUCGUCAGCUGCCAAUAUUGGAAUAUGAGAAAAAGUGUUAUGCUGUGGACCACAAUUUAUCUCUUGAAAAGACAAAUAUGUCUGCUAGAAAGGCUAGUUUGUCUCCUCCACAGACAAACAACAUUCAAAAAAGGAUUGAUGUUCAAAAAACACGUGAAGUAUUCAACAAUGCCAAGUUUUCUAGAUGCCGCACACGCUUUCCAAUUCCUGUAAUUAUGUAUAAAAACAAAUAUAUCUGUCGUUCCUCAACAUUAUCUAGAGGUUUUGAAAUUUAUGGAAGGUCUGGUUUGGAACUUUUUGACAGUUAUAUUUUACAAUUUCUUGAAAAGUCAUCAAAGGAUGAAAAUCAAGCAUCUGAUGGAACACUAACAGAGUCUGUAGGGGAGUUAGAGGACAUAGCCGAAACAGCUGCAAACAAUGAAAAUAGCGGAACUGCUCCUCCUCAAUUCUUUGAUCAAGUUCGUAACAAUGAUAUUGAAUUACUGAAGUAUUUCAAUGUGGAAACUAUUGUUGAUCUUAUGGUGGAAAACCAGAAGGUCAAAUAUGGAAUGUAUAUGUCAUCUUCUGAAAAAGUUGAAAAAUCGUUAUAUGUAGAUUUCAAACUGAUCUCUAUGCCAUACCCUGGUUGUGAAUUUUUCAAAGAUUUCCGUGACCGAGCAUAUGAAGCUGAAGGACUCCAUUUCAAUUUUGAUCACUCCCAAUGUGAUGCCUCUCUCAAUAUUCCUGAAGAUCCAUCUUUGGCUGCAUUGGAGAUAGAUUGGGAUACAUAUAAGAGUUGGGAUUUGAUAACCCUGACACAAAAUUAUAUAAAGUUCAUUCUCCAGGGAUUUGAGAACAAUACUUCUAGCAUUUUGGUUCACUGUAUAAGCGGAUGGGAUCGUACACCUUUAUUUAUCUCCUUGCUUCGUUUGAGUCUUUGGGCAGAUGGACUGAUUCAUAAUAGCCUUGAUGAAUACCAAAUACUUUAUUUAACGAUUGCUUAUGAUUGGAUGUUGUUUGGACAUCAACUCAACAAUAGAUUGAACAAAAGGGAAGAAAUAUUUUUCUUCUGUUUCUUCAUGUUGAAGUAUUUACCCAAAAACGAAUUUGAUAACUCCUCAGGAAGGAAUUCUGUAAAUAACCAGGAUCCGUUAGAGGCAUCAGUUUUUGAUGAAACUAGUGGUACUUCUCCAAUUGCUAAUCCAACUGGUCCAAGUUCUGAUUAUUCAGAAUCACCCAUGGAAGAUAGGGAUACUGAUGGCUUUUCCAUGGUUGGACCAACUGGUUCACUAGAAGAGUUGUCCUCUGAACCUGAAGAUCAACG